CAUUCGCAUUCGCAUUUGAUGAACUCCUGUGAGCGCACGGACGGAACGGAACGGAGUAAACCUAAACGUCAUAUUGUCCGCGCGGUGUCUUCCUAUAAGUCGUCUUCAAACAUAUCGGUCUUCGUCUAGUUGGCGCGAUACGAUACAAUAUAAGAUACGAUACGAUACCAGAGUAGUAUUUAGUUGUUUGUGGGGUUGUUGGAACUCCAUUGUCAGUGAACGUGAGCGAUUAUUGUUGUGAUUUUUAUGAUUCCUAUAGCACAUAGCAUAGGUGGGUGGUCAGUCGCAUCAGCUUUAGCUUCAGCAGCUUGAGUUUCAGCUUCAGCCAAGAGAGUGUCAGUUUACUACUGAUUGUUAUUAAAGGAGUAUUUACACUUGCCUUGCCUUGUGUUGCAUGGCAAAAAAAAAACAAGACGCUCCUUUAAAACUUAAGUUAUGUACUAUCCAAGCUUUCCCGGUUAUCGGGUGAGUACCACACACAGAAUGGACACCGAUGAUGUUGAAUCAACUACAAGCAGUGCAAUGUCAACUCUUGGAACAUUGUUUUCAUUCACCAGUCCAGCCGUUAAAAAACUUCUCGGCUGGAAACAAGGUGAUGAGGAGGAAAAGUGGGCAGAGAAAGCAGUAGACAGUUUAGUUAAAAAACUAAAAAAGCGCAAAGGUGCAAUAGAAGAAUUGGAACGGGCCCUAUCCUGCCCUGGACAGCCAUCAAAAUGUGUGACUAUACCUAGAUCAUUGGACGGACGUUUACAAGUGUCCCAUAGAAAAGGUCUACCACAUGUGAUCUACUGCCGUGUCUGGCGUUGGCCAGAUUUGCAAAGCCAUCAUGAGCUGAAACCCCUCGAAAUUUGUCAGUUUCCAUUUAGUGCUAAACAAAAAGAGGUUUGCAUUAAUCCCUACCAUUACAAACGCGUUGAAAGUCCUGUCCUGCCACCGGUCUUAGUUCCGAGGCAUUCAGAAUUUGCACCCGGCCAUUCGAUGUUGCAAUUCAAUCAGAUGAGCGAACCCACAAUGCCUCACAACGUAAGUUACUCCACAGCGGGCUUUAACUCGCAUCUAAGUCCGAACAGUCCGCCAAUGACAUCCGUGGGCAGUCCCGGCUCUGUGAGUUCGAAUCCGACUAGCCCAUAUGGCAGCCUAGCCGAGACCCCACCACCAGCAUACAGUCCUUCGGAAGAUGGCAACUCAAAUAAUCCAAAUGACGGCGGGCAGAUGAUAGACGCUCAGAUGGGUGAUGUGGCCCAAGUAAGCUACUCAGAGCCUGCAUUUUGGGCAAGUAUCGCGUAUUACGAGUUAAAUUGUCGUGUCGGCGAAGUAUUCCACUGCAACAGCAACUCUGUGGUUGUGGAUGGCUUCACGAAUCCCUCCAACAAUUCAGAUCGCUUUUGCCUGGGCCAGCUGAGUAACGUCAAUCGUAAUAGUACCAUCGAAAACACCCGCCGACACAUAGGCAAGGGCGUGCAUCUGUACUACGUUACCGGGGAGGUUUAUGCCGAGUGUCUGUCGGACUCGGCCAUAUUUGUCCAAUCGCGCAACUGCAAUCACCAUCAUGGUUUCCAUCCGAGCACGGUGUGCAAAAUUCCACCCGGCUGCUCUCUCAAGAUCUUCAAUAAUCAGGAAUUCGCUCAGCUCCUCUCACAAUCAGUGAACCACGGCUUCGAGGCUGUCUACGAGCUCACGAAGAUGUGCACAAUCCGAAUGAGUUUUGUGAAGGGCUGGGGUGCCGAAUACCAUCGACAGGACGUCACUUCCACACCGUGUUGGAUUGAAAUUCAUCUGCAUGGACCACUGCAGUGGCUCGAUAAGGUUUUGACGCAAAUGGGCUCCCCGCAUAAUGCCAUUAGCUCGGUAUCCUAAAAAAAGGAAAAACCGUAACGAAGGCGGGAGUUUAUUUAUUACAAUAAUAAUUUUUUUUCAUAUAAAACAGAUAUCAAUUAUAUCGUAUUUUUUACUACAAAUCUAUUUCUAAGACACUCCCAAAGAACGAAGCGACUAGAUUUGCAGCUAGAGUGACGCCAACAAUUUUCUGUCUAGAGAUUUUAUUUUGUUUUCUUUGCUUUGCGGCAGAUCACACCACAAUGUAUUUAUAUUCUAAACUAAAAUUUAAAAUGUGAAUGAAACACAUCAAGCUCAGGAAAGCUCGAUGAAAAGGCAAGCAUUCGUGUGGAAGGGACCUCAUAUCCAUCUCCUGGCAAAAAAAUAAAAACAAACAAAAAUCAAACGUAAGAAGAAAGUUUUGGUUUGGUGUCGCAAUUAUAAAAUUAAAUCGCCCUAAUUUUUGGGAGGGUCCUUAGAUACUCUUUUAUAUUAUUUACUUAUCAUAGUUUUGUUUCAAAUUAUUUACAAAAAUAUAUACAUACAUUAUACAAAAGAAAAAACCAUAUAAAACAAAAAAUCAAAAACAAAAUAAAACAAAACUUUCAACAAAUUGAACUGAUGUGAACAUUUGAUCUUCUUUCCGUUUUAUUUUUUAUUAUUGAUAUAAAAUAAUUUUAUUAUAAAUGUUAUUUUUAGUUAUAUAGCAUCGCGGUGUGUUCUUUAUUAAAAAAAAAUAAAAUAAAUAUAUACAUAUUAAAAUUAAGUUUUAUAUUUAAAAAGAAACAAAAAUAAGAAAAUUUAAUUUGAAUAAUGUUGCCAUAUAUUUUUUAUUUUUUUUUUGUUUGUUUUGUUUUUUUAAUUAAUUUUUCUUUUUAUAUAAAAAGUUUAAUCGUUUUGAAAUAAACUUUUAUGGCAAUACUCUACACACACACACAAAACGAACUAAUAAGACACACACACACAGCUAGUGAUCUAGAAUGUAAACAUUCAUCGAGUAUAAUAUUAUGUUAAAAGUUUAAUUUUUUAUUUGUUUAGUUUGAAGAAAAUAAACAACUUUUACUAUAAAUAUAAAUUUCGAUUGAAAAAAAAACAAUUAUUUUCUUUAAGGAAUUUUUAAUAUUUUCUCUUUUUUAAUCGUUUAAAUAAAAAUAAAUAUAUAUAUUUACAUAUUUUGCAUAAUGUUUUAAGAAUUAGGAAUUUAAUUCAAAGAAAGAAACAAAAUAUACAUAGGUUUUAAGCAUCUUAUAUGAAUAUUGAAAAACAUAAAGAAUAGUGUCCAAGAAAAUUGUUUAUGUAAACAAAAAGAUAUGAAAGAAAAAGAAAAACAAAAAAAAAAUAUUUCGUCUAAAGCUUUUUUAUUUGUUUGAUUUUUAUUUUGUUGUUAAAUGCUUGCAGUGUUGUUUUCUGAUUUUUCUUUAACUUUUGGUAAGCUUUUUAUUUGUUGUUUUGUUAAUUUUCAAUUCGCAUGAUUUUUGUGUAAGGACGAAGGACAAUGACCGUAUAAUGGUUUGUUUUUGUUCUAUAACGACGUCUUUUUGCCUGGAAAAGUCAUAUUUUGUAUGAUUUAAUUAAACGCUUUCUUUUUGAAGCACAGCUUAAAACUAUUCUCGACUAAUUGAACGCAUUUUUGCCCUGAAUACAGUUGCCUUUACUUAGCUCAGAAAGUCGUUACACAUAUUUUGUGGAUGCAAGUCCAAGCUAUUAUAAAUGUUCCUUAAAAGACGUUAGUUGGAGUGUUAAUAUUCCGGGAGCUUUAUUUUAUUUUUUUAUUUUAACUGUGAACAAAACUUUUUUGGAAGCAUCUACUAUCUUAUUAUCAAUUUUAUGUUGUGCUAAUAAAUAAAUUUGAAACAAAUUUUAAAAGUUCGUAUUGCAUGUUUUUAAUUUGUUUCAUUUAGUUACAUGCCAAAUUGACUUUUUGCCUUAAGAAAACGCCUAAAACUAAACGCCUAAAAUUUUACUGCUUCGAAAAUAAAAUGCCUUAAAGUAUACAACAAAGUUUCCUUAAACUGUUGAAAUAAAUGAUUGCCUUAAAAAGUAAAACAAGAAAAUUUAAAUUUUGCUCAUAAUUUUUUAAGUGGGCGCCAUAAUGAAAAACUAUUUUAUGAUUUGCAGCUUUUUUAUGUAGAGUUAAAAAUUAUAAGAAAAAUAAAAACACUUCUGAUUUCUAUGGAAGUGUUUAUCCUUCUUUAAUUGGAGGUGAAUGAAUAUAUUUUCAACUUAAAGACAAAAUAAAAUGACAAAUUUAAAUAAAUUACAAAAAAGAUUUAAAUAAAAUUAUGUACAAAUCAAAUUUUUUGGAAAAUAAAAAAGAAGAAAAAACAAAGUUUAAAAAUGUAAAAUGUGUGUAGAAUAGUUAAAUGUUUAUUUAUGGAAUAAGAAAUAAAAUAUUUUUUUCUUUUUGUGA